AUGUCAAUUAGACGUCUAGGUACUCGAUUCCAAUUUCAAAGGCAUGGGACUCUAGUAAUUUCGAGACACGCUUCGGAUUCCAUUGUGUUUACCGCAGUAGAUCGGUCGCCAAAUCUCCCACUCAGCACCACAAAGCCAUUGGCCCUGGGCAAGCUACGAGUGCCGCUUCUCAAGAGCCCGCUGCAUUUUGGGCACGCCACAAGCCGGGUCAAUCGUCCGUAUAACGAGGACAAGUACUCGGCAAAAGUGCUCAGCAUCAAUGACCAAGCAAUCAUCAAUUUCAAUGUUUUCGACGGGCAUGGAGGAGAGCAAUGCAGCAGCUACUUGAGCGAGCACUUGGCCGACAAUGUCGAGAGUGCCACCCAGGAGUUGAUCGAGGGUAAGGAAGAGUUGGCAAAGAAAUAUGCCAAAAAUAUUGGAGGCUAUUGGAAGCGUUGGUACAAGCACCGCGAAAAGGCCUUUGAGUUGUGGCAGGGCAGCAAGAUCCGAUUGAAGAACUUCACCAAAGAGUUGAGCAAGAACGACCUCAACCUCCGAAUACCGGUGUCAUUCCUCAAUACCGACUAUGAAAUGUGCCAGAGGAUUCAAGAGCUGGGCUCAACUUGCACCUCCGUUUACCUCCAGACCCUCUUUACCAAUCAACAAGCACAAUUCCAGCCGGUGUUUGAGAAUUUCUACUUCAACAGAAGGACGAUUUCGCUACUCACUAUCGCACAUGUUGGGGACACGCGCGCGAUUCUUGUUGACAAGAAUGGGCUUGCCAAUGGGCUCACGGAGGACCACCACCCGCUGAAUCCGAUUGAAAGCCAACGGUUGCGUCGGUACGCGGCGAAUUUCUUCAUGGCCGACUCGUUUGGCGAGGAGCGUUUUAUUGCAUUGGCCAACACCCGCGCGUUUGGAGACAACAACUAUAAAGAAGUUGGCGUCACGGCUGAGCCCGAUUUCACCCAGCUCAUAAUCGGCGACUCCCACGAGAUCAAUCUGCAUUUGACCGCUGACGAAAUCAAAAAGUACACAAUCAACGGCCUUGGCGGCGAUGAGUGUUUCCUAGUGCUCUGCAGCGACGGAGUUACAAAUGUCUUGACGGACCAGGAAGUCGCUGAUAUAGUAAUGACCCGGCACAAGAUGUCAGGCCAUAGCAAAGCCAGUCCGCAAAACUGUGCGCUGGAAGUUGUCAAGUUUGUCGAAUACGUGGGCGGUGAUGAUAACGCUACUAUUUUGGUGAUUAGGUUGAGUGGCUGGGGCCAUUGGCCUAACGUGGAUAGAACGGGCGAGUUGAGGCAAAGUCGACUAGAUUUCAAUCCUAGACGUGGGGGGUGA